UUCUUCUUCCCACGGGGUCAAACAGGACAGUUCAACUCUCAAACAGAGAACACUUGCAUUUGGAUUUGUCUUCCUAAAACCAUUUAAUCUUUAACUCGGAGCCAUGGGGGCACUGCAAUGCAUCAAAUAUGCUAUGUUUGUGUUCAACUUUCUCUUCUGGCUGGCAGGUUCUGGAGUCCUGGCUGUGGGCCUAUGGCUACGUUUUGACUCCAGGACAGCAGGACUGUUUGAAGGAGAGGACUCACCUACAGUCUUCUUCACUGGUGUGUAUAUCCUAAUUGCGGCGGGGGCUCUGAUGAUGGUAGUGGGCUUCCUCGGAUGCUGCGGAGCCAUUAAAGAGUCGCCGUGCAUGCUGGGAUUGUUCUUCCUCUUCCUGCUCAUCAUCUUCGCUGUGGAAGUGGCUGCGGGGAUCUGGGGCCUCUCCAACAAGGACAGGGUGGUGGAGGACGUGACUGAGUUCUAUAAGCAGACUUACGAAAAUUACAGAACCACCAAACAGGAAGCACUAAAGGAGACCCUGCGUCUCAUUCACUUUGGACUGGACUGCUGUGGCCCCACAGGGACGGUGAUUGACGCUGCUAAAGAUACCUGCCCCAAGCAGACGGGACUGGAGGUCCUCAUCACCACGAGCUGUCCGGCUGCCAUCGACGAGAUGUUCAACAACAAACUGCACAUCAUCGGCGGGGUCGGGAUCGGUAUCGGUGUCAUCAUGAUCUUUGGGAUGAUCUUCAGCAUGAUGCUGUGCUGCGCCAUUAAGAGGUCCAGAGACUUUGUCUGAACAAACACAAAACCCCGUCCAUCUUUAAUUUGUGUGCUCAUUUUCAAAUCCCCUGCUUUAGAGUUUAAAUCAGUUUAAUAAUCGUAACGGGCAUCCCUUAGUUUGGAUCCAUACAGGAUGGUCGUGUUGACCUGUGAGAGUAUGGAACAGUGUUCAUUUUGGCUUUACAAAGAAAAAUAAACAAAGGGGUGUUUUUUACUCUGGUACCCAAUAUAAUGAAGUCACGUCCUACUUUUCAUCUUGAAGAACAGCCCGAUCAUCUGCAGAAAAAAGACAUUUAUGACUCUGCUGCCCUCUGGAGGGUAUUGAAGAUGACACCCAUUAACUCUGUUUUCACCUCUUCAUUGUUGGAUAAUAAUCCAACUGCAGUUUAUGUAAGAUGUGUUGAGAGUUUGCCUGUGUUGAGUUGUAAUAUAACCAGGCUUUUUGCAGCUAACUGAAUUUUACUGACUCAUUUUUAAUUGUGGUUACACAUUAAUAGCUUCUUGAUGGUUUUUUUUUUAUGACAGCAGGAGUGGAGUUUUAUGCAAAUAUUUUGAAGGCAAAUAUUGAGAUCUUUAAAGUGACAAAUGAACGAAUAAACACUGUUUGUGUUAAACUGGGCCUUUUUGUAGAAAUGGACUGUUUUUCAGAGAGGACCGUAGAGACAGUUUUUUUUUGGUUGGUUUGUUUUUGUUUUUUUUUGACUGAUUGCUUUUGACAUGUAGGCAAACAUGAGUCUGUCAUCUGUAGGUGGUAACUGAGUAGAAAUGGAAGAUAAAAGGUCAAGUCAGUCUUAUUUGUAUGGCCCAAAAUCACUAGUUUUCCUCAAACUAUAGCGUUUUUCUUUUUGGCCAUCUCAGCCAGUAGAACCACCAAAUAUAUCAACUCUUCAAUGGAUUGCCAUUCAUUUCAGCCACUAAUUUAAUACAGCUUAAAUUAAUAAAAAAAAAUAAAAUCAA